AGAGUUAGGGGUGCAGGGAGAGGGACCCCAGAGUUAUUAUAGAGUUAGGGGUGCAGGGAGAGGGACCCCAGAGGUUUUAUAGAGUUAGGGGAGCAGGGAGAGGGACCCCAGAGGUUUUAUAGAGUUAGGGGAGCAGGGAGAGGGACCCCAGAGUUAUUAUAGAGUUAGGGGAGCAGGGAGAGGGACCCCAGAGUUAUAAUAGAGUUAGGGGUGCAGGGAGAGGGACCCCAGAGUUAUAAUAGAGUUAGAGGUGCAGGGAGAGGGACCCCAGAGUUAUUAUAGAGUUAGGGGUGCAGGGAGAGGGACCCCAGAGUUAUUAUAGAGUUAGGGGUGCAGGGAGAGGGACCCCAGAGUUAUUAUAGAGUUAGGGGUGCAGGGAGAGGGACCCCAGAGUUAUUAUAGAGUUAGGGGUGCAGGGAGAGGGACCCCAGAGUUAUUAUAGAGUUAGGGGUGCAGGGAGAGGGACCCCAGAGUUAUUAUAGAGUUAGGGGUGCAGGGAGAGGGACCCCAGAGUUAUUAUAGAGUUAGGGGUGCAGGGAGAGGGACCCCAGAGUUAUUAUAGAGUUAGGGGUGCAGGGAGAGGGACCCCAGAGUUAGGGGUACAGGGAGAGGGUACUGAGAGUUAUUAUAGUUAGGGGUGCAGGGUGAGGGACCCAGAGUUAUUAAAGAGUUUGUGGGGUUAACAGAGGUGACCAAGUUAUUGUAGUGUUGGGGGUGCAGGGUACCUAGAGUUAUUAUAGAGUUUGGGGGCUAAGAGAGGUGACCACGUUAUUGUAGAGUUGGGGGCACAGGGAGAGUUAUUGUACAUGACACGUGUUGUUACAAGAGAAUACAUGUACCAGAGGAACUCGGGGGCAGGGUGAGAAUGCAUAUGGAAUAAAAAUAUAUAUAUAAUUUCUUUUUAGGGUUAGGAUUGUAUGCCACAUCUUCUCAUUGUGAAAUAACGUACCAAAAAUUUUCUUGGCUGAUAAGUUAUAUUCUAGUGUUAUUGCUUCAGUAUAUUAUAUUCGUGUAAGAGCUGAGCAAUAUAUUCUACCUUGGAAGUCUAGUUUUAGAGUUGUUGAAUGUUUCAGGUCUUAAUUAAGGAAGAAACGGGUAUUUCGUUAUCUACUAGCAGGGUAACCGGUUUGGUGAGGUUUGGAUAGUGUUUUGCUACAGAGAUAGGGCAGUGCAGGUUAAAGUAAGUUUCAGAAAGGUUUACAAGUUAGGGAUCACGAAACAUAACUGCACGUGAGCAAAUAGGAGAAUCGUUUUCCAGUGGCAUACAGAGGAUACUACACAGGAUGGGUACCGUUCGCUGGUGUGUUUAUCUCGUGGUUCUUUCAGCCAUGGUUGCAGCUGAUCUCGUAAAUGAUUGUGUGCUGGUGGGAGGUGAGCAGAAGUCUGCAAUAGAUCAAGCUGUCCUGGCAAAGCUUGCUCCACUGAAGAACAAGAGGUUUGAAAUUGAAAUUCAAGAAGAUACUGGCACCUAUACUUACACCUUUGUGGUGUGUGGAAAGGUCCUUACCAAUGGAUCCACAAAUGAGGGGCUGCUACAAACAAAAAAACCGGCAUCCACUACAGAAAAAGAGAACAAUAUCGUUAUUGGCCGAAUCAAUGAGACCCAUGUCAUCAAUGGAACUGACUGGAUAUUGCUGUCCUACAGAGGAGGAGAUAAAUAUGACAACCAUUGCGGCAGCGAACCACGGAAAGCUAUGAUAAUGAUUUCUUGCAACAAGAACACAUUGGCGGAUGGUUUCAUGGCAAUUAAAGAAGAAAGAAGCAAGUCCAAUGAGUGCUUUUACCUGUUUGAGAUGGACAGUAGUGUUGCCUGCCCUCCGGAGGAAUCCCAUCUCAGUGUGGGAUCCAUUCUACUUAUUGUGUUUGCUGUGCUGAUUGCAGUUUAUCUCAUUGGUGGAUUUCUCUAUCAGCGCUUUGUCGUUGGUGCCAAAGGCAUGGAACAGUUUCCAAAUAUCACCUUCUGGCAAGAGUUUGGCAAUUUGGUUGCAGAUGGCUGUGAUUUCACUUGCCGCUCUCGGCCUCGGUCUGCUGAUACAGCAUAUAGAGGAGUCGGCGAUGAUCAGCUUGGGGAAGAGCCAGAAGAAAGAGACGAUCACUUAUUACCAAUGUGAUGAUAUUGGAACCCAGGUCACCCCUGAAACCUUAGGAAUUGGGAGAAGCACAGCUAUAUUACCCGUAGCAGCCCCUUUUUCUGUACUUUUCCUGCUGCUUAGCCUCUCCUCUCUUUCUGCUUCUAUGCUGAAUAGGGCCUUAUUCUAAAUUCUCUUGUUGUGGUGGUCCUGCUGGUAUUAACAUGAUCGUAUGCUGGGGACCGAACCGUAGUGCUGUGCUACCAAGUAAUGCUUCCAUGGAAAUUGUGGACUUCUGUAGUGACCCAGUACAACGCAACCAGGCUCCCCGAUCUAUUUAUUACAUGUAGGCAGCGGUCUGCGGUAGGAGAGAAUGACUGGAGAUCUCUCAGCAGGAGCCGGGUGUCUAGAUACUUUUGACUUUACAAGGAAAAUGGAUUAUGUUGUGCAUUUAAAGUUUCAAAAGAGAUGCGGCACAGAUGGUUUCAUAAACUGCCUAGCAGUUUGCAGGUUUAUAAUCUAUGUGUUUGGCAAAAAUGGUUGAAAGUCUUCCUGUUUUGUUUAACAUCAUGUGGGACUUGGCUGGCACCAGUUAGUUUAUGCUGCAGGUUUGGUAUGCGAUGGUCUGUUCUUUUAACUACUGGACUGAUAUAACUGGUGCUAAAAGUGGGAUUAAGAUAUAGUCACACCCAAUACACUGAAAUUCAAAGUAAUACUUAAUAAGACUUGCCCACAUUAUACAAUAUUCUCCACACCCCACAACCACUGCCAUGUAUAGGGAGCACCAUUUAGUAAAAAGGGUACAGUAAGCACCAACCACUACUCAACCGAUCCCACUCCACCCCACCCUUGAAGUCAUUAUCUAAUCUUUGUUUUUGGGUGUUAAUAUUUUUUGUGAUUUUUUUUUUUUAUUGACGGUUUUGGGAAUUUUGUUUUGUACAAAAUAUUUUGGGAAAAUAUAAAAUGUAAAAACAGA